CAGUUGAAUUACCUAAUAUUUUAUAAGGCGUUAUACACUGAAGUGUACUCAUAUCCUGUGUAAGGAUACUUGAAUCGAGAAGUUUAUACUGCAGGAGUGCUUAGAGGGAAACAGCCCUAUACUUAUUAGUUUACGAGUGGUGUUUUGACAAAUUCUGCUUUAUCGUAUGUGGAUUAUGACAGCCUUGGGAGAGAGUUUGGAAAUGUCGAUGGGCAUGUCUUCUCUCCCGACACAGAGGAAUUCAGGAUUGGACUUACAAACACUGAGAUUAUAGUCCCUGGUCGCAGGAGUAUAUGGCUUGUAUUGCUGGGCUGACCACACAGAGAGACCAGUAACAAGCCACACUGGCAUGUUGAACACACCCGUGUCAAACAGGUGAUCCACAUGGCCGAAAUUCCAGUAACCAAUUCUCAAUGCUAUAGGUUGGGAUUUUCAUGAGAAUUGCUGUAAGCUCCCCAGAGCUUGUUAAAAGUUGUCAGGGGAUAUGGAUUUAGUGAGCUAUUGGUGACAGUGUGAUUGUGUGAUACAGGACCCUAAUGACGGUGUCGUCGGGAGAAAUGGGAGCCCGGCAUGGGAGGAGUCUUGAUACAUGAUACGUGCACGUUUGUAUAGAGCCAAUAUACUGAGUGGUUGUGUACUUACCAAUUAAGUUCCUACAAGACUUGUAUGUUGAAUAUCAGCUAGGAUGUUGACAUAGUAUAUGGAUUUGGAAUCGGGAUCCUUCCUGUUCAGUAAGUGGAUAUUCCAUCUGUUGAUAUACUACCCUUAGACCCUGCAUGUACGGAAGUUAGGCGCGGGCUGGUGAAGUGAACAUAUCAGCAAUCUUUUCAAAGUCGCAAGUGAUCGGAAGGUGGUUUGAGGAACGGUUGUGAAUUUGUUUGAGUUGGACACUUACCUUUUGGAGAGUGGGGAAGGAGGAGGAAAGGUCACCUACUGCAAACACUGCUUGUCAAAUAAGCCAUUUGACCGUGUGAGUCGUUCUCCUAGGUAGCUGAUUCACCUGAGGUGGGUAGGUCAGCCCAUCUUAACACAACCCCAGCUUGCAUUGACAAGCCCAGCUGCAUGACCCUCACAGACACUGACUACACUGGCAGGGAUGAACUACCUUUUAUGAUGAUCUUCACUUGCAUUUCCUUCGGAAUAUUUGAUCAUAAUGUGCCCAGUGUCAUUUCUUUCCUGUGUGGUUGGGAGUUAUGGUACAGGAAAUUCUGAACAUCUUUUGCUUGUUAUCUGCAAUGUGACAGUGUUGUAGUACGGUGCUGAGAACAUUAAGAGGUGGACGGACACCCGGUUGUGUGACACAGUAUAAUUAGGCUUGUGGUUGUAAACAGCAGGUAGUUGUUGGUUGAGAAAAGUGUAUUAUUGCUCAGCUUGAACACCUCCUUGAAACGUUUUUAACAAGCAGCACAUCCAUAACUUGGAUCUCAGCUUACAAACCACCUGAUGAAAAUCAGAAGUGGCUUCAGGAUUUGUAGUGGGCUCGGAAGCUUGACAACAAUACUUGACUGUUCCGUGAACUGAUGUAUGCAGUGUUUGCCGGCUGGUUAUAUUGUGAGAUUUAUGAGUUGAGUUCAACUUUAUAUUAUUCAUUGAUCAGAUAUGCUGCUAGCUACACGGACGGAAACAGGAUUUACGUGGAGAGCAUAUAGUGGGAUUACUUACGUGCUACUAGGUAACCAACAGCAAUUGUGUGGCAGUAUUGAUCAGAGGCUAAAUUACUACAGCAGUUAUGACAGAGUGUACACACAUCUAAGAUUUUCUCACCGUCAGUUUUACCUGAGGCGUGUUGGAUGCUAGUCUGGAGGUAAGAUCAGGCCGGCCUCCACGUGGAUGGGGUAUGUCAGACUACUCGCUACUUUGAAGUGAGAGAAUAGGCUUGUUUCACUGCUUCUACCAUUCAUGUACUUCUUGAAUCAUUGUGUGACAUUGUGAACUUUUCAGAACUAGUCUGCAUACUUGGAAUGGUACCCCUCUGUCAGAAACUUGAGGAUUUAUGAGAAAUGUGCUGGAAUAUAUGUGUAUGUGAUAGCUGUUUAGAAUAUUUGGUUGGUGUUCCUUUUUUUCCCUACCUCCUUGCCUAACUGGUGGAAUCACUUAGGCAGCCUCAGUUCUGUGCAAGUUGCCGUCUGCUACGGUGAAUUCCUCUGAUGAUUUUAAUUACUGGGUAUAAUGAGUGCUGCUCCUUUAGCAUCUUGUAGCAGGUGGUUAGAGUUUCCACCUACAGAAACUAUUCUGUUGAAUUUCUCCAUCAGUUAGGUUUUGUUGCAAGAUUCAUCCCAGGUGUUGAUGUGUAAACAGACAGGAAUUUUUGCGAGGUACAAGGACAGACAAAAGUUGAACAAUCUGACCCCUGCUGAGCUGGACCAAGGAUGAGACAGAUGGACAGUGCCCCCUUCCCCUUCCCCCCUGGGAGCAGGGAUAGACAAGCUUGAUUCAGGUGGCCAGAUACCUGCUGUGUGGCAGACUGCAUGUGGACUCCUCAUGGACAACAGUGGAUGGUAUACAAAGCCUACAGUCAGUCAGAUGGAGUUCCAAGUGCUCAGGGAUUCCCCGCAGUGUAUUUUGAUGUAGAAAAAACGUCUAUUGAUUUCAUUAACUGGGACAUCUAGUUACCUGUCAUCACUGGAUUUAUAUGAUAACGGAUGUGGAUAGUUGUUGCCAUAUUGGAUUGCAGUUUUCAUAUUUUCAUGAUGGAAUAGUCAAGUGGAGUAUUGGAAGAUGAUGAUGUUUGAACCAGUUUGGCAUCGUGUUGAUGUUACAUAGUGUGUGACCAUUUGGAUGUGAUCAGUUCAUUAUUGCAAUAAUGUCAUUGAAAGAGAGAAGAGUGGCUUUCUGUGAGGAUCCAGAAAUAAAAAGUGCUCGUGAGGCGAGAAGUCGAACAAGAAACCAGAGCCAUGCCCGACGUUCGAAAUCCCAGGAAGUUCGUAGUCAGAGAGAUCGGAGUUUGUCUCAGGAUAAACCAAGAAAACGGCAGAGAAGUCUUGUCAGUUUGGUUCGGACAGGAUCUCGUAGCUCUGUGCGAAAUCUUGUUCGGCUGUUUGAGAACAAAUUGAUGACGGAGGGUCGGAAGAGCCAGAUUGUGCUGAUGGACGAGCGGCGGCUGGACAUUAUCAUCCAGCCCAAGCUCUUCACACGAGAACUGUUAGAUCUGGUCUCAUCUCACUUCAAGCUGAAGGAGAAACAGUACUUUGGUCUCGCCUUCAUCGAUGACACCAGUCACUUCAACUGGUUGAAUCUGGAUAAACGGGUGCUGGAUCACGACUUUGGCAAGAAGUCGGGUGCCCUUAUACUUCACUUCUCCAUAAGCUACUAUAUAGAAACAAUAGGAUUACUAAGGGAUACCGCUACAGUGGAACUGUUUUACCUCAACGCCAGGCAAGCUGUAUUCAAGGGCCAGAUAGAAACAGAUGCCGAGACGAUCUUCGAGCUCGCAGCUCAUGUGUUGCAGGCGACACAUGGAGACUAUGUCAGUGAUGAAGAUACAAAGAGUGAAUUAAAGAAACUUCCAGUGAUUCCUACAAGCUCUCUCAAGGAGCAUCCUUCCAUAGCGUUCUGUGAGGACCGUAUAUUAUCUUAUUAUCAGAAGCUACAAGGGACAUCCAGAGGCCUUGCCAUUGUCAAUUAUAUGAAUAUAGUUGAACGACUUCCUACAUACGGUAUACACUACUACGAAGUCAAAGACAAGAAAGACAUUCCAUGGUGGUUGGGUAUCAGCCCAAAGGGGAUCUCAGUGUUUGAUAAGAACGACAAGACAACGCCAAGAAAGUUAUUCACGUGGAAACAGCUAGAGAACCUGUACUACAGAGACAAAAAGUUUUCAAUAGAAGUGCAUGAUCCCAAACGUGUCAUCCACACAUUGAGCAGUUUCAACCUUUAUGAGGACGCAAUACGUGAACCAUUAACAGAGUUUGAUGACCUUUCGGAUGCAAUUUCCGACCCGAGCACUCAGGUGUCUGUGAGCCGGAGAACAUUCGGCCCUGGUAACGUCAACGUUCAUGCCUGGUUCGCCUCUUCACAUCAACUCACAAAAUGUAUCUGGCAAAUGGCCGUCGCGCAACAUCAGUUCUACCUCGAUCGCAAACAAAGCAAGGCAACACUGCCAAGUGCUCGGAGUAUGAGCGAGAUCGCUGCUGACUUAUCAAAGAGUACCACGUCAUUACCCGGUUCUAUUGGCUCUGAUCUCAGUCGUAGUGCCAGCUCCCAGAGCUUGCCUAGUCUCACCACUUCCAGGUUUGAUUUGAACAUUGAGCAGGCGGACUCGAUCAAGGCCCAGCGUGAGAUGUACCAAGCGUUGCGGGCGCGGAAGGAGGCGUUGGAGGAGACCCUGAGGAGGAAGACUGAAGAGUUGAAGAGACUAUGCUUCCAGGAAGGGGAACUGACUGGGGAGCUACCCAAGGAGACUCCCCUUGCCCCAGGGGAGCAGAUCCCUACCUUCAGGAGGAGGGUGGGGACAUCCUUCUCCCUCUCGGCCAAGGCAGUCAGCGGAACAGAUGAGCCCGAAGACCAGCUGGCAAAGAUGGAGCUGGAGUAUGAGCUGCAGAGUAAGAUUACCAGUGCAGCUCACAAGUUGGCCCAGGACAAGGCUGUAGGCAAGAAUGUCCGCAAACAGAGGAGACAGUCUUACAAUAGAGCUCUGCAGAAGCUCAAGGACAUGGAGAAGAAACUGAAUGAAAUGAAGCGCAUGGCAGGGAAGGUUGGACUGCGAGCAGCAUCCUCCACGUAUGAUGGUACGUAUCUCCACGUGCACCCUAGGCUGUCCAAUUCCCUCAGUGACGAAAUGCUUUCCCCUGUUAGAGAAUUUGACAGCCGAGCAACACAGUCUCUGUGGUUUCCCCGCACCAAUUCACGAUCGUUCCAUCACAAGUCAUACGUGGAAUCCUGCAGUGAUGAGGCUCUGUAUGAGAACUCUGAUGAAGAUGAGGAUGUGGAUGGUAGUUUUUUGACCGGGGCGCGAGCCUCUUGGCAUCAGUACCUUCUGGAGAAGAGUCUUAGUGUUCCCAAAGCACCCAUGAAGGAGAGUCAGAUUCAGAGAUUGUAUCUCCAGCUCAGUCGCCUCCGGUGCAGCGUUAUCAACGUGAACAGCCGGUACAUCACCCUCAGUUGUUUUUCAGGGAAAUAUGAAAGAUCGUCCUCCCAUCUCUUCUCAGUCAUUCCACCACCAGCAACGCCCCCAGAUGAAGACAGCCUCACCCCUCCCCAAUCCAUCCCCCACAGUGUAACUCUAAGUCCCAGUCACAGCAGUCCCCAGCUGUGUGGUGGCUACCUGGCCAGCAGCGUGUACGCUACCCGCACGCAGUACCGCAGUCAGAUGUAUCCCACUCUCAACAGCCGGAGUCGUUCUUCUUCCAGCAAUCAGUCGGAGUACGACAACAUGAAGCAGGCCGGGCGGCUGGAGGGUAGUGUGGACAGCGGCUUCAGCUCGGCCAACAACAUGUACAACAUCAACUCCCAACGCACCUCCCACUACGAGAGCACCGACCAUCUGAAGAUGACGGCAAACCCUAACUACCAGGGAGAAGGGGUGUACGACGACAGACUCAAUCUGCCAUCGAAGCAUGGCAGCCUUGAUGGAGCUUAUCGGAAAGCGCAGCAAAAGUAUAACAGCUUGGAGCGCAACUCGAGACAGGAGCAUCCUGGGAAUGAUCCGAACCUGCCCGAGUUGACGCCAUCACGAUUCGGGAGUAAGCGUGAAUCACAGACUGAGUAUGAGUAUGAUCCACCAUCGCAUCGUAGUAGUAUCAUGGUCGAGGUACCAGUGCAUCAUGAGGAGCAUAGUGGUAACCGUGGUGACGGAAACCGUGGUGAUGGACGGACUUAUUAUAGUGAAAAGCAGUUCUGGCAGGAGGCUGCGCCGACAGAUCCAUCACCAAUCGUACGUAGCCCAGAACCAGAACGUAAAGACAAUGCAGGUAGAUCUGAGAGUCCACAAGUAGAUCAGUGUUACAGCCCGCGAGGGUUUGAGGGCUCGUAUACGAGGUCGGAGAGAUAUGUGUACCCUGCUUCCAGUGACCAAAGUGGUAAUGCGAGACUCAGAGAGUCCCAGCCAUCACCUCAAUCAAGUUCUCUAGUGACUGUCACUCGACUUCAACCCCAUAUGGAAGUCAGUAAGCCAUAUGAAAUGGCAGACUUUUACAAGUACAGUGAACGUUUACGGCGUCAGCGGUUAAUAGAACAUUACCAGAGACAGUUGAUAGGAACUGAACGCAUCUCUCGGGCCAGUACUCCUUCACAACACUCCACGGACAGUGAAACGUCACAUCACUCGGGGUCCGGCCAGUUCCAGUCCAGUUCAAACCUAGUCCACCCCCCUAGUCCAUAUCGGGCUUGUACCCCCCAAUCCCCUACCUACUCGACAACAUCCUCGGUGUCUGUGGGCCACCCACAGGUGAUGUACGGUCAGCAGCAGCAGCAGCAGCAGCAACAGCAACAACAUCAUCCAGGAGGAGGGGACCAUCCACAGUAUGGCGGGACAAGGGAGGUGACCAGCUCCUUCCAAACAGUCAAGAGUCAGGGUCCCGGAGUGCAAUAUGUGCAAUCGAUGUCGUUCCGUGCACAACAAAUCCAGAGUUCUGCAGCUGCACAGCAUAAAGUCUACCAGCCUCUGCAGCGUAUGAAAUGCGAGCCCAUUAAAAAGACCUUCAACCCAUCAAACUCCACACUAAGCAGCCCCAGUGCAUCUGCCAGCCAGUCCCCAGCACCCAGUGAAGGGGUGAAACCCAGUAGUAGCUUUUCUCUGGACAGAGGCGAGUCACUGGCUGAAGCAUUCAGUGAAGAGAUGCUGGCAUGGUAUGACGACCGGGAGGCCAAGCCAGCCACACUGGUAUGACAAGACACGUUUGUUAGGACAGGAAAAUGGAGGCGACAACUCGAUGACCUUGGGUGAGCCUGAUGAUAGUGCUUAUCUACCCAAUGUCUUCCACGAUUGAUUAUUGAUCUCUGUGGUUACAAAGCUGGCAUUGAUUACAUGUAACAAGCCUUGAUCAAUCGGGAUGCAAUGUUGCAAGAAAGGAGUCCGAUUACGCCAGAGAAAAGAUGCAUUUACUGCUGGGCCCCGAGGGUGAAUGGGCUGUUUGUUAGCCUUGUGACAGAAAGCCAGAAAAUAGCUGUCGGAAGGCCACUGGUUUGAACUAAUGUGAUGGACAAAUGACGAGUUGGUGACAGAAAUAUCCUAUGGCCUUCUCAAAGUGCAAUUCACUUCCAAUUUGAGUAUUAUGAAUUUGAAAGGUGCAAUUAUUUAUUUACCAAGAUUUGACGUCUUGCAGCAAAUUGCUGCCAACAGAGUGUAAUGGUUGUCAUUGAAGAACAUAAUUGUCGAUGCUUAAGAUGAAGCAAUUGUCAGAGGCAAGUUUUGUAUGAUUUCUGUUUUUUCAACUGAUGAGUAAGCAUUUUGUGGAAUUUCUUGAGAAAAGCAUGGAAAAAAUUAUUGAAGUUCACAUGGCAAAAGGAUCAUUACGGAUCAGUAUUGACGAAGAAGUGUAACUCUUGACCAUGCAGACAUUAACCAAUCACAUUCCUCUGAUGACAAAUGUGUACAAACUCCUACACUCGUAUUCUGUAAGCUCCUUACAGUGUCUUUGCUCCUCUCAUGAAAGCAUCAGCUUUGUCAAGCCUGUUCAGAAAGAUGAAAUGUUUAUUGGGAUUUAUCAUGGCAGACAUACUGGAUGAUAUGAUAAAACUGUCAUGUCAGACGCAAUGAAAGCUUAAUAUGUGCAUAAUACAAUUCACAGAUCCAACCCGGAAGAAAAAGCUGCCAAAAUUACUCUCAGCCGACUCAGAUUUGCAUCAAUUUAGAAUAUCUUUUUCUUAUCUGUGUGUCGUCUGUCUGGAGCAGCGGAGAAGAUGCUCUUUGGAUCUUUAAGACUGUUUCAUCUUCACACAGGUUUCAUUAUAAAAAAAGUGCUAUUUCUGAAGUUACUUUUCAUUUUAGUUCUUUUUACAAAUAAUCAAUUUUGUUAUUUUAGGACGUGCCUUUUAAUUUUCAAAGGACCACUUGUUGAACGGAAAUCACUUGCUUUUCAGAUUUUUAGAUUUUAGUUCUGAAAUUUAAGUACACCAGUCUGAUGAUUUUUGUGAUGUUUUCUGAAUUUUUUGGCAAAAUUUUAUAAUAAUCUCAUUGAAAGCAGAUCAUAGGGCUUGCUACAUGAAAGAUCUGAAGACAUCCUGUUACAGGUCAGAUUAAACCGACCUUUCAUCUUAGCAAUCGGAAUGGGCAUUACGAAUGAAUGUUACUCAUUUCAAAUGCUAGACGUUUCAUGCUAGACGUUUGCCCGUGGGAAGUAUGGCCAUUCAUUCCUAGCCAUCUUUUAAAUAUUACAGAGCUUUUUUGUUCGCUUUCCAAAGUUUGAAUUGAGAAAUGUAUUUUCAAAGCAUAGUCUGGAAUGGAAAUUGCAUUUUUAAAACUAGUGCCGUACAGCACAAGAAAACUGCUUUUUGAUGAGAUCAACUCAACGUCCUGUUGUUUGCUGUAGUCGUUUCACUGGUCUAAAAUUUGUGAAAGGUCAUUCUAACAUGACCUGUAAUAGGAUAUUCACAGAUCUUUGUGUAUCAGUAUACUGAAAUCAGAUUUUAAUUGUCACACCGAAGACCCGGGGUUCGAUUCCCCACAUGGGUACACUAUGUGAAGCCCAUUUCUGGAGUCCCUGUCAUA